AGGAUAAGUCGGUUCAAGCGCCCAGCUUCAAAGCUAAAUAAGAAACAGCACAAAAGGGGAGAGCUUUUCGCUGCUCUCAUUUCCAAAACAAUGGCUACUUCUUCCUCCACAACACUUGUAGCUCUCUGUUCUUCUUUAACCACUCAAUGCAAAAUCUCCAAUGCACAAAACCCACCUCUCUCUAAAUCCCUUUGCCUCUCCAAACCCAAUUCUGGGUCUUUCUCAAAGACCACUCAGAAUUUAUCCUCCUCUUCUCUUAUUUUCUCUAAAAGACCCACAUUUUUUGCCAAUCCUCCCAAGUUUUCUGAAUCUGAAGCUCUUGUUGUUGAAGCAGAGCCUGAAGUACCCGUGUCAGAGGCUAACCCUGAGCCUGCUGCCACGCAGAUGGUUGAGGUUGCUAAGGAAGAGCCACCCAAGCGUGAGGAGAUUUUUGCUGUUGUUAUGGUAGGAUCUCGCCAGUACAUUGUUAUCCCGGGGCGAUGGCUCUAUGUGCAGAGGCUAAAAGGUGCUAAUGUCAAUGAUAAGGUAAAUCUGAAUAAGGUGUUACUUGUGGGAACAAGAACAAGUGCCUAUAUUGGAAAACCAGUGGUGACUAAUGCUACUGUUCAUGCUGUAGUUGAAGAGCAGGGAUUAGAUGCUAAAAAGAUUGUCUUCAAAUAUAAGAAGAAGAAAAACUACAGGAGAAAUAUCGGUCACCGACAGUUCCAUGUACCAAAGCAUGUUGUGUGUGCUUCUUCAAAAGCAGUGUUUUGACCAUGGUUUGAGGUGGAUCGCAUAAGGAGCUUCUUGUAUCCAAAUGGGUAAAUAUAGAAGGUGCGGUAGCAGCCCCAGCUGCAUUGGGGGUACUUAAUGUGGCCCUUACCACUUAAGCUGCCACAUUAGUUACCGAGUAUGUUGGUCAAACCUUAAUAAAUGAAAUUUAAUGAAAGAAGACUUCCAUUGUUCUUUUGUCUACUUUGAUUGAUAGAAAGGACUUUCUGCUGCCUGAUGUUUUUGAAACUGCUUUUACU